UCAGUGUGAGGACAACAGAGCAGGAUGUGGCUACUUUACCCCUCACUGCUGAAAUCCACAGCCCUGUAGUUCUGCCUUCUACUUGCUUGGGACAAUUUAGAUUUUCUGCCAAGGCUCAAGUCUGUGUAGUCUCAGAAGAAACCUGGAGCCAGGGAAGCUUGCCAGACUCUACGGGGAGGGUUAGCAUUCUGGAGAAGGAAAAAAAAAAUUUUUUUUAAGUCUCUAUGAAGUAUACUAUGUUCUGUCAUUCAUUCCAAAAGCUACUGGAAACAGUUCUCCCUGGGAAGGCAGAGCUGCUGGUGAGAAGCCAGAGGUGAGAAGAUACCUAGGAAAAAAGAUUAAUUAUUUUCUGAAUUUCUUAUGUGGGGACAGUUUUAGGAGCUGACAAGGAUUUAAGACCCCCGAAGAUGAGUGCCAACAGCAGUACGGUGGGCCAGCUCCUUCUGCAGGGGCCUGUGUGUAUUGGCUGGAAGCAGGAAAUGGAAGGGUCUCUUUACCACCUGGCCAACUGCAUCUUGCUCUUGGGCUUCAUGGGGGGCAGUGGUGUGUUUGGCUGUUUCUAUGUAUUUGGCUUCCUGGGCACAGGGUUCCUGUGUUGUGUGCUGUGGGGCUGGUUCCAUGCCUGUGGACUAGACAUCAUCCUUUGGAACUUUCUGCUGGCAGUGGCCUGCCUGCUCCAGUUGGGACACUUGGUAUACCUCCUUCGGAAGGACACCCUCCCUGAAGAGUUCCGUUCCCUCUACAGAACAUUGUACCUGCCCCUGCAGGUACCCCUACAGGCAUACAAAGAGAUUGUUCACUGCUGCAAGGAACAGGUCUUGACUCUGGUCACUGAGCAGACCUAUGCUGUGGAGGGUGAGACUCCCAUCAACCGCCUGUCCCUGCUGCUCUCUGGCCGGGUUCGUGUGAGCCAAGAUGGGCAGUUUCUGCACUAUAUUUUUCCUUACCAAUUUAUGGACUCUCCAGAAUGGGAAUCACUGCAGCCCUCUGAAGAGGGAAUCUUCCAGGUCACCCUGACUGCAGAGACCGAAUGUAGUUAUGUUUCCUGGCCCCGGAAAAGUCUCUACCAUCUUCUGACCAGAGAGCGAUACAUCUCCCAGCUUUUCUCAGCACUUCUGGGCUAUGACAUCUCGGAGAAGCUCUAUGCUGUCAAUGAUAAGCUCUUUGCUAAGUUUGGGCUGCGCUUUGAUAUCCGUCUCCCUAGACUCUAUCAUGUCUUGGGCCCUGUGCACCCAGAUGUGGGGCCAGAGUCUGAGAAAGAAGAUGAAGAAACACAUGAGCAUGCCAUGCUUCCUCCUCAGGCGAUGCCUAAUUUUAUCCAAGAAAAGACCCCUUGCUCCCCACCUCGAUCUACCACUGACCCUCCUAUACCUUCUUGCUGUGUAAGGACCCCCAGGCCUGAUAGCGGUGUCCUGGGUGAAGACUCUACCAGUCUGGUGCUUGAAGAUUUUGAGGAGUUAUCAGGAUCAGAAUCGGUCAUGGAUUAUAGGAGUGAUGGGGAGUACAUGAGAUGAGGGGAGAGCUCACGUGGGCACAGCCACCAGGCUCAGGAUCCUGUCUGCAGACCCAAGUGUGACCCAGCAAAGGAAGGAAAUGCUUAGUCCAGUCCCAGGAACCCCCCCAUCACCAACCCAGCCAUCCUGCUGGCCCUCCUUUGCAUUCAGUGGCUGGGAUUCUGCUCUAGUAACUCAAGUAGUACUGCCCCACCCAUCCACCAAGCUCCCUCCAAGGAGCAGUGCUUCCUGGCUCUGAUCAGCCAAGCAGAAGCUCUCCUCCCUACUGACAUCAACGAUGCUCCCUGCCUGGACUCUUAAGCACAACUUCCUAUCAGAGACCUAAUUGAUAUGUUCUCACUACCUGCUGGGACCCCUGCUGCCACCGGCUGCCUGCCCUCUCUGCUACUAUCUGGACACACUGUGCUUAAACCCUGUGCUGUUUCAGCCAUCAAGUUACAGUUGCUACCAUGAUGCCAACUUGACUUCCCUAGGCAGACAACCUCACCAGUGUGCCCUGGAGCCCAAUCUCUCCAGAGCUCUACCCAGGGAAAGAUAGAAACAGGCUGGGGGUAUGGAACAAUCUGUCAAUGCCCAUGUCCAGGAGAGAAGCAGUUACAGAAACCAGACUUUCCACCUUCUGCUCCCCAUAAAGAUCUUUGGUCCAUACUCCCAGAGGGAUAAAGUAUAGGGAAUCUUCCAAUAGAGGGAAGGGGAUAUGGAACUUUGGUGGUAGGAAUUGUAUGGAAUUGUACCCCUCUUAUCCAACAAUCUUGUCAAUCCUUAUUAAAUCACUAAUAAUAAUAAUAAAGCAGUGUUGCUCCA